AUGAGUUUCCGUGUGUUGGACCUUGUCAAACCUUUCGAGCCUUUGGUGCCCGAAGUCAUUGCUCCAGAGCGCAAGGUGCCUUUCAACCAGCGUGUGAUGUGGACCGGUGUUACGUUAUUGAUUUUCCUCGUGAUGUCCGAAAUUCCUCUUUAUGGUAUCGUGUCCUCUGAUGGGUCUGAUCCUUUGCUUUGGCUUAGAAUGAUGUUGGCCUCCAACCGUGGUACCUUGAUGGAGCUUGGUAUCACCCCGAUCGUCUCGUCCUCGAUGGUUUUCCAGUUGUUGCAAGGUACUAGAUUGAUCCACGUUGACAUGUCGAACAAACAAGACAGAGAACAAUUCCAGACCGCCCAAAAAUUGUUUGCGAUUAUUUUGUCCGUCGGACAGGCCACCGUCUAUGUUUUAACCGGUAUGUACGGUCCUCCUAAGACCUUGGGCACUGGUGUGUGCUUGUUGUUGAUUUUGCAAUUGGUUUUCGCCGGUAUUAUUGUCAUUUUGUUGGACGAAUUGUUGCAAAAGGGCUAUGGUCUCGGCUCAGGUAUUUCCUUGUUCACUGCCACUAAUGUUUGUGAACAGGUGAUGUGGAAGGCUUUUGCGCCAACUACUUCGACCUCUGGAAAGGGAGCAGAGUUUGAUGGUGCAGUCAUCGCCUUGUUCCACUUGCUCGGAUCCAGAAAGGACAAGAAGAGAGCUUUGUUGGAAGCGUUUUACAGACAAAACUUGCCUAACAUGCUUCAAGUGUUCUCCACUGUGGCUGUGUUUUUCGCUGUUGUGUACUUGCAAGGCUUCAGACUCGAAAUCCCUAUCAAGUCUACAAGACAAAGAGGUCCAUAUGCGUUGUACCCAAUCAGAUUGUUCUACACAUCUAACACACCUAUCAUGUUGCAGUCUGCCUUGUCCUCUAACAUCUUCAUCAUCUCGCAGAUGCUCUUCAUGAGAUGGCCAAACAACCUUUUUGUCAAGAUCUUGGGCUCCUGGGGACAAAGACAAGGCACUGGCCAAUUACAAGCUGUUAGCGGUUUGGCUUACUACAUCCAGCCACCAAUGUCUGUGACUGAAGCUAUGUUGGACCCAAUCAAGACUGUCAUCUACAUCACAUUUGUGUUAGGCUCCUGCGCUAUUUUCUCAACCACCUGGAUUGAAAUCUCGGGAACUUCUCCUAGAGAUGUGGCCAAGCAGUUCAAGGAACAGGGCUUGGUGAUUGCCGGCCACAGAGAUACUAGUGCUUACAGAGAAUUGAAAAAGAUUAUUCCUACUGCUGCCGCAUUUGGCGGUGCUGCCAUUGGUGCGUUAUCUGUUGUUAGUGAUAUGAUGGGCUGUUUGGGAAGCGGUACAUCGAUCUUGUUGAGUGUCACUACUAUUUAUGGCUACUACGAGUUGGCCGUCAAGGAAGGAGGCUUCUCCAAGUCUGUUGUUGGGGGUUUCACUGACGGUAUCUAA